AUGGGCACUCCUCCUGAUUGGGAAGGGAGAGUGAUUGGCUUUAAGGAGUUUAAGUCUACUUGGUAUGAAGCUUUACAAACUGCUGAACAUUUUCGCAAGCAAGGGGUUAGAUUACCCCAAAUCUUUUAUGUCUUACUCGGCAAACCCGGAGUGGGUAAAUCAGAAAUUAGCCAAAGGUUAGCCCAAGCUUUAAAGAGACCCAUUCAAAUCAUUAAUGUCGGAGGCAUGGACGACGGAGGAGAGUUGGAAGGCAAGAGAGCUACUUUACAAUCAGCUAACUAUGGCAAGAUGAUGGAAGCCUUUGCUGAACGUUCCUUUUUAGCCGAAAUCACCAUUCAAGACCUGGAAAGAGAAAUCCAAGAAAUUAAAACCCGUAAAGAAACUAUCAACCCAGGCACAGAUAACCAAAAAAGGAAAUCCAAGAAUGAAAAGAAGACAACCAAAAAAGACAAAGCCAAGGCAAAGAACCCCGUAAAACCAAGAAAAAAGCUUACCGGAGCCGAAGCCCCUGAAAGGUUUUUGGAGAUGUGUAUCACGGAAACUUGGGGUAUUCGGGGAGGGAUGAAUAAUUUACAGAAAGUGAUGUUGUUUUUGGUGGGUUUGGAGGUGAAAGGGAUUGCUAACCAAUUAACCGACCUUGCUAACUUUGCCGAGAUUGAAGAGACCCCAGCCGAAGACUAUCUGAAAAAAGAAAGUGGAGUAAUCAAACUAACCUAUGAGCUAGGUGGUGAAAAAAGACACUUAACCCUCACUAAAAGGAUUGGCAUCGAACCCCGAACCAUUAAAGAAGACGACCGAGAAAUAAUCGUUAAGGAAAUCAUUACUGGCAAAGACAUUGAAACCAAUAAGCCUUUUGUGGCAGACUGA